AUGAAGCUCUCCAUUCCCUCCAUCGUCCUGGUCCUCUCGGCCAUCGUCUCCGCCGCUCCGGCCGAGAUCCAGCCCCGCGCCGCUGCCACCUGCGGUAGCAACUCGUACACGGCCGCCCAGGUGAACGAGGCUUCCGUGGCUGCAUGCAACCACUUCAAGGCUGGCACCACGGCCGGUAGCUCGACCUACCCUCACCGUUACAACAACUACGAGGGCUUCAGCUUUGGUGGCGCCAGCGGGCCGUUCCAGGAGUUUCCCAUCCUGACCAGCGGUGUCUACACUGGAGGCUCCCCUGGUGCUGACCGCGUCAUCAUCACCGAGAGCGGUUGCAAGCAGGCUGGUACCAUUACCCACACUGGUGCUAGCGGUAACAACUUU